GCCCGGGAGGUGCGGUCUCGGCUAACAGCUGAUUCUUCCCGGGAUCCCGGGCCGCCGCCUUCGGCACCCAGGGGACCGGAUCUUCCCGCCUGGACCCAAGAGCCUGGCCCCCCUCUUCCCGGAGCUCUGUCUUCCGGCCCCCAGACUCAGGCUCCCCAGCUCUCCGUUUCCAGGACCCAGGCACCCCAGGUCCCCGCCUCCCGGAUCUGCGCCACCAGGACCUAGCCUCUUGAAGACCUCUGCCGCCUGGGCGCCUUCAGCCUUCCGGAGCCAAGGACCCCAGGUCCCAGCUUGAGAAACUCCCGUAUUCCUAACCCCCAGGGUAAAGAACCCCAGGUGCUCCCACCUCCCAGCUUUCACCGCCGGGCGCAAACGAAGAGCAGAGGAGCCCCAGCGCCCAGCCUAGGGAAUCUCAAACACUCCAGCUUCCAAGAGACAAGGAACUUAAGCGCUGUGAACUCACAACUCCAGGGAACCCUCCAAAGUUCCAGCCUCCAGGCUCUGUUAACUUAACAAAGUUUUAAGGAACGAUAGCGUCCUGGGAAGGAGCCCCAAGCGCUCCCAGCUUCCAGGCUCUGAGGAACCCCGGGGCGUUCAUCAUGGUGGCCGAUCCGCCUAAGGGAGACCCCAAGGAGUACGCGGCGGCGGAGCCCACCGCCAACGGUGUCUCGGCGUUGGUCCCCCUAGAGGACCUCGGCUCGGAAAAAGGCGGCUGUUGCGGCUCCGGGGACCAGGUGCGCCGCUGCCUUCGCGCCAACCUGCUGGUGCUGCUGACAGUGGUGGCAGUGGUGGCGGGCGUGGCUCUGGGGCUGGGGGUCUCAGGGGCCGGCGGCGCGCUAGCGCUGGGCCCAGCGCGCCUGGAGGCCUUUGCCUUCCCGGGCGAGCUGCUGCUGCGCCUGCUGAAGAUGAUUAUCUUGCCGCUGGUGGUGUGCAGCCUGAUCGGCGGCGCGGCCAGCCUGGACCCGAGCGCGCUCGGCCGCCUGGGCGCCUGGGCGCUGCUCUUUUUCCUGGUUACUACACUGCUAGCGUCGGCGCUCGGCGUGGGCUUGGCGCUCGCACUGCAGCCGGGCGCCGCCUUCGCCGCCAUCAACAGCUCCGUCGAGGCCACGGGCUCCGUGGAAGAGGCCCCCAGCAAGGAGGUGCUCGAUUCGUUCCUGGAUCUUGUGAGAAAUAUCUUCCCCUCCAACCUGGUGUCCGCAGCCUUCCGCUCAUAUGCUACCUCCUAUAAGGAGAGAUUGUUCAACGGAACCCAGGUGAAGGUGCCCAUGGGGGGUGAGGUAGAGGGUAUGAACAUCCUGGGCCUGGUGGUGUUUGCCAUCAUCUUUGGCGUGGCCCUGCGGAAGCUGGGGCCUGAGGGAGAGCUGCUCAUCCGCUUCUUCAACUCCUUCAACGAUGCCACCAUGGUGCUGGUCUCCUGGAUCAUGUGGUAUGCCCCUGUGGGCAUCUUGUUCCUGGUGGCCGGCAAGAUCAUGGAGAUGGAGGACGUGGGGAUGCUCUUCGCCAGUCUCGGCAAAUACAUCCUGUGCUGCCUGCUUGGCCACGCCAUCCACGGGCUUCUGGUGCUGCCGUUCAUCUACUUCUUCUUCACCCGCAAGAACCCCUACCGGUUCCUGUGGGGCAUCAUGACGCCGCUGGCCACUGCCUUUGGGACCUCCUCCAGCUCUGCCACGCUGCCGCUGAUGAUGAAGUGCGUGGAGGAGAAGAACGGCGUGGCCAAGCACAUCAGCCGCUUCAUUCUGCCCAUCGGUGCCACUGUCAACAUGGACGGUGCCGCGCUCUUCCAGUGUGUGGCGGCAGUGUUUAUUGCACAGCUCAAUCAGCGAUCCUUGGACUUCAUGAAGAUUAUCACUAUCCUGGUCACCGCCACAGCAUCCAGUGUGGGCGCCGCGGGCAUCCCCGCCGGAGGUGUCCUCACUUUGGCCAUCAUCCUCGAGGCGGUCAGCCUGCCAGUUCACGACAUCUCCUUGAUCUUGGCUGUGGACUGGCUAGUCGACCGGUCCUGUACUGUCCUCAACGUGGAAGGUGACGCCUUUGGGGCAGGACUCCUCCAAAAUUACGUGGAUCGCACAGAGUCCCGCAGUUCAGUGCCUGAGCUGAUCCAUGUGAAGAGUGAGGCGCCCUUGGCUGCGCUGCCGGACCACACCGAGGAAGGGAACCCUCUCCUCAAACGCUGUCCAGGACCUGCUGGGGACGCUGACACCUGUGAGAAGGAAUCAGUCAUGUAAAUCCCAGUAGGGACCCUCCCUGCCCCAGUCGGGGGGUGGGGUGCUUUGGACAUUGGAAUCAUGCGGCAUGGAUGAACGGACAAACAGGGCCUCUUGGAGAGUCCCACCCACACACUCGGGGAGCCACAGGCCUCAGCUUCCCUCCCUGCCAUGAGAUCUGGGAGGCCUCACUGCUGGGGUAUAUGCGUUUGCUUGUGUGUGUGUGACUGUCUGUCCCCAAAUCUCCCCAGUCGUCAACUCCUGUCCUCACCCAAGGCUAGGAAACAGCAAGAUGGAGAAAUAGCGGCCUCCACACCCCAUCCUGGGAGCCUGCAUGGCCUCGUGUCUCAGGGCACAGGGCACCAUGGGAAAUUCUUCCCUCUUCGAGCAGAAGGAUGUUCUGACAGGUUGCUGGCUCCUUUGAUGGUUAUUUUGGUGGCUGUAGCUCUAGCUGUGUGUGUGUGUGUGUGUGUGUGUGUGUGUGUGUUCUGUGACUCUCCACGGUACAAUCCCACCCUGUCCCCAGGCCCUCUGUUCCCUUCACAGUAACAGAAACACUCCCGGGAACCCUGAGGGGAGACUGAGGACACACACUGCUGUUACUCCAGAGGAUGCUUUUCAGCAAUAAAAUUGUCAAGUGU